AUGGCCGGUGCCAACCGGUCUUUUAGUUACAGUCGCGGCGACGAUGGGUUGGUGAGGGAAGAGACGAGGGAGAUUCCGCCCGUUCGUUCGGCACAGGAUGGUCUCUACAGUACGUCGUAUGGUGAGAUGUCGCCGAUUUCCGCUCGCGAUCAAGCGCAGAGACGGCUGUUCGAUCGCGGUUUGGCGUCAGUACCCGAGGGUCAGCGUCUAGAGAGACACUUUACUUCCACCCCGGGUAUGGAUAAUCUAGGCCCUGCUGCUGUGGGCGGCGGAAUCAGUGGUAUCGCUCUUGGCGUGGCCAAUUCUCAUAAUCGCCAGAGUGGAGUUGACGCUUUCAGGGAAACAGAUGGUCCGGUUCACAAUCUCCCCGCGGAACGGGAUUUCAAUACUACAGGCUCCGAUAAUCCCUACGUGCCUACGCCAGUGGAGGGAGGAUUGUAUUCCAGUUCGGAGACGUCGCGGCUUCGUGAUUCCUACGGUUCUUACGUCGGAGCUGGGACUGGGGCGACUUCGACGGAACAUGGAACGCCGGGGACUACCCCGUCUCAACGUAGCUUCUUUGAUAGUCCGUACCAAGGUGUCGAUGCGGGGCCAUACCAACGGCACUCGGCCUACAGUUCUCAUGACUAUCCGCUUGUGAUAAAUCCGGACGACAUUGCUGACGACGGCGACGACGGUUUCGCUGUCAUCCCAAAGGGGGCUGCAGACUACAGGGCUAAUGGCGGAGUGCCUGUUGAAGGGAUUGGUGGCGCCGCAGCUGCUGGUGGGUUCUUUGGAGGGCUACGAGCACUUUUCAAAGGGAAAAAGGACCCCAAUCUCCCCUACGGUGCUGUCUCCGGAGAUGGCUUGGAGAUAGUCGAGAAGGGCCAAGGGGGCACGCAUAUCAUCGGAGGAGGUAGCCGAAAGCGCGGUUGGAUUGUUGGGCUCGUUCUGGCGUCUUUGAUCAUCGGAGCUAUUGUUGGAGGUGCUGUCGGGGGUACACUGGGCCAUCAGGAACAUGACGGUGACAAAUCAUCGGCGGGGGCAGUAUCCAGUGGUUCGAACGAUAGCGACGGAUUGCUCGACAAGAAUUCCGAUGAGAUCAAGGCCCUCAUGAACAACCCAAACCUCCACAAGGUGUUUCCAGGUAUCGACUAUACCCCCUGGGGUGUGCAAUAUCCGCUGUGCCUUCAAUACCCUCCGUCGCAGAAUAAUGUUACUCGCGACCUGGCGGUUCUGACGCAGUUGACAAACACCAUCCGGCUGUACGGCACCGACUGCAAUCAAACCGAGAUGGUCCUCCACGCGAUUGACCGAUUGCAGUUGACAAACAUGAAAGUCUGGCUGGGUGUGUGGAUUGACACUAAUCAGACGACGACAGAUCGACAAAUCAGCCAACUGUAUAAGAUCGUGGAAGACGCGAACAACACCUCUAUCUUCAAAGGAGCCAUUGUCGGCAAUGAGGCUCUAUAUCGAGCAGGCUCCGACGUGGCGAGCGCAGAAACGAACCUGAUCGGCUAUAUCAACAAUGUGAAGGACCACUUUAAGCAGAAGAAUAUCGAUCUCCCAGUUGGCACCUCGGACCUGGGCGACAAUUGGAAUCAAGAAUUGGUCAGCACCACCGACUUUGUCAUGUCGAACAUCCAUCCGUUCUUCGGAGGCGUAGAAAUUGACAACGCUGCCAGCUGGACGUGGACGUUCUGGCAGACGCACGACGCCCCGCUCACUACAGGGACAAAUAAACAGCAGAUCAUCUCCGAGGUGGGAUGGCCGAGUGGCGGAGGCAAUGACUGCGGAGCCGACAACAAAUGCCAGAAUGACAAGCAGGGCGCCGUGGCUGGCAUUGACGAGAUGAACCAGUUCCUAUCGGAAUGGGUGUGUCAGGCAUUGGACAAUGGCACAGAGUAUUUCUGGUUCGAGGCAUUCGAUGAGCCGUGGAAAGUUCAAUACAACACGGAGGGCCAGGAGUGGGAAGACAAAUGGGGCCUGAUGGAUUCCGCUCGCAAGCUGAAGCCGGGGCUCAAGAUUCCCGACUGCGGCGGCAAAACCGUUACGUGAACGUACCUUGCGUGGUUCACGACCGUUCUUUACGUCCUCUACCUCCUGCUAACGACCUGUGUGAUGGAAUCGAUGUAUACAAGAUAUCCGAGAUACACCAUGUGUUAUGAUGCAUUACGGCUUGAUCAAUUUAGCUCUGUGGGAUCGGUGUUUGCGCUUCUGUCCUGAGACAUGUAUUCUAUUGGGCUGGUGCAUGGGUCGGCUGCACU